AUGAUUUUCUUGUCGUCUUCAAUCAUAAAACAAAUAAAUCAUAUGAUUAUAUUACAAUCUAAUCGAUUUAUUUCAAUUGGUGAUCGAAUUUCUCUUAUUAGAAAAAUUACAGCUCAAGAUGUGAAUGAUUUUGCAAAACUUACUGGUGAUAUUAAUCCAAUUCAUUUAGAUUCGAAUUAUGCUAAACAAACACGUUAUGGUAAAUGUAUUGUACAUGGAACAUUUAUUCAAGGUCUACUUUCUUGUUUGCUUGGUGUACAUUUCCCUGGGACCGGAUGUGUUUUACAUGCAAUAAAUUGUAAAUUCCCAGAACCAUUAUUUGUUGAUGAAACAUGUCGAAUUGAAGCUCUAGUAUCUAAAUUACGUGGAAGACUAGCUACUUUCGAUGUAAAUGCUUAUGCCUACGACAGAAAUGCGAAUGUUCUCACUGGUUAUUUCGAUGUAUUUCUAACACGUGAACAACUUUCUUUAAAGCCACCAGUUGAUAAUCAAAUUGUCUAUCAUAUAGAUUAA